AGCCCUGCGAAGGAUAGAGACGGCGAGCGCGCGCGCGCGCGUCAGUGCCACCGCCAUAUCAAAUGCCAUCCAGCCGAUUGGGUUGGCUGUCGUUGUCGUCGCUGGUUGGUUCAGUCAGUUGGAACUGUUCUUGUCAAAAUCACAUCAUUUGAGCCGUUUCUGGCCAGGUACGCUCAUCUGCCCGUCUCGUGCUGGUUGAUUUUAACUCCCGCAAAGAAAAUCUUCUCGGCCCGUCUCGGUCCCUCAAAGGACGACUCGUUCGGGCGGGAGCAAAAAAGAAAAAAAAAAACACCGCCACCGUACUGUCCGCUGUUCCGCUGUACUGGAGGAUGGAUGUGAACGAAUUGGAACGGGAAUGGUCCGAGCUGACCGAGGAGUUCCGGAGCCUGGAGGAGGCCAACCAAUCGUACUUGGACCUGCACGAACGGCUGGAGGAGAUGCAAGAGAAAUGCACCAAGCAAAUCCAACACCAGCGCUACCGUAUGCAGCAGAUAUCGAAGAUUCUGAAGCAGUACACACGCACCGAGCCAGCUUCCUCCGCCACGGACCAAGAAUGGCUCUCGCUGUUCAACAAAAACAUCAUGAAGCGGAAGGCCCAGAUACACGAGAUCGAGCAGGGACUGCCGCAGCAGAACAGCCGCUACCUGAAGAUUAUUCUCGGUGACGUCAACGUGUCGAUUCUGAACCGCAACGAUAAGGUGCGGUACAAGGACGAGUACGAGAAGUUCAAGCUGAUCCUGAACGUGAUCGGGCUGCUGCUGUCGUUUCUAAAUAUCGUGUUUAAUCUAAGAGCGCUCGAGCUUGUGUUUCUUUUCCUGUUGGUGUGGUACUAUUGUACGCUUACGAUAAGAGAGUCGAUUUUGAAGGUAAACGGCUCGCGGAUAAAGGGCUGGUGGCGGCUGCACCACUUCAUCUCGACCGUGUGCGCGGGCGUGCUGCUUGUGUGGCCCCAGGGUGAACCGUGGCAGCUGUUCCGGUCACAGUUCAUGUACUUCAACGUGUACAUCAGCCUGGUGCAGUACAUGCAGUUCCGCUACCAGAAGGGUGUGCUUUAUCGGCUGAAGGCGCUUGGUGAGCGCCACAACAUGGACAUCACGAUCGAGGGCUUUCACUCGUGGAUGUGGCGUGGCCUGAGCUUCCUGAUACCGUUCUUGUUCGUCGGCUAUCUGUUCCAGUUCUACAACGCGUGGACGUUGUACCAGCUGUCGGCCCAUCCCGAUGCCACCUGGCAGAUUCCGGUGUUGAGUACGUUGUUUUUGAUUCUGUUUGCUGGCAACACGACCACCACCCUGCUGGUUAUACCACAGAAGCUAAGCGAGCACACGGAGAACCGGUACCGGCUGAUGAACCUGAUUGCUUCAAAGGGCCAGCCGGCGAAGGACGUAGCUACGAAUUCGUCGGCGGAGGCACGGUCUGCUGCCACUGCGGAGGGGCUGGCAAAGAAUGAAUAAAAGUGAAAUGUUUACGUUUCUCCCUUGUCAAAGCAUUA